CUCAGUGGUACUCUCUGCUACCAUCUCCUCGGGUCCAUCGAUCCACACCCAUUCGCUGCUCGAUCGAUCAGUUCGGAGGUCCCUCUUCCGUUCGGUUCGUAGCCGCAUCGUGGGCGAGCAUGCCAUCUUCAGAUCUUGUUCUCUCCACACGACCAUACCUCAAUCGAACCUGUCCUGCAUUCUGAAUCCAACUUAUGCACUGGUACUUGCUUAUUCACAUGCGUCGUUGGUAACCGGAGUAGUUUAGUUGGCUGGCAUGGCUGCUGAAUCCGGGACAGAGAGUGGCAACUGCAGUGCUUGGGCAGCAAAAGAUCCUUCUGGACUACUCUCCCCGCACACUUUCAACCGUAGGACUGUACGACAUGAUGAUGUUUCUUUGAGGAUCACACAUUGUGGUGUCUGUUAUGCCGAUGUUAUCUGGACAAAAAAUAGGCACAAUGACUCGGUGUACCCUUUAGUCCCUGGGCAUGAGAUUGCUGGAGUUGUAACCGAGGUUGGUUCAGACGUCAAGGGCUUCAAGCUGGGUGACCAUGUGGCUGUGGGGACAUAUGUCAACUCAUGCCGUGACUGUGACAACUGCAAUAGCUUCCUCGAGAACCACUGCUCAAAAUUUGUUUUCACUUUCAAUGGUGUUGAUACGGAUGGUACUGUCACAAAGGGAGGAUAUUCCAGUCACGUUGUAGUUCAUGAACGGUACUGCUAUAAAAUACCUGAUGGCUACCCACUGGAAAAGGCCGCACCUUUAGUUUGUGCUGGAAUCACUGUGUACACUCCGAUGACGCGACAUAACAUGAACCAGCCAGGGAAGUCACUUGGUGUUGUCGGUCUUGGUGGGUUGGGUCACAUGGCAGUGAAAUUUGGGAAAGCCUUUGGACUGAAGGUGACUGUUUUGAGUACAAGUGAAUCGAAAAGAGAUGAAGCAAUCAACCUUCUUGGUGCAGAUAAUUUUGUGGUUUCAUCAGAUAAAAAACAGAUGGAGUCCCUGAAAAGUUCCCUGGACUUCAUUGUCGAUACUGCCUCUGGUGACCACCCAUUUGACCCGUAUCUUGCGCUUCUGAAAGUUGGUGGCCUGAUGGCACUAGUUGGCUUCCCUGGAGAAAUCAGAGUGCAUCCAGCAACACUUAAUCUGGGUGCACGGACUUUAUCUGGGAGUGUAACCGGAGGCACGAAGGACACACAGGAGAUGAUAAACUUCUGUGCGGCAAACAAAAUCUACCCAGACAUUGAGUUGAUAAAGAUAGACUACAUCAACCAGGCUCUCGAGAGGCUUGUCAACCGGGAUGUGAGGUACCGGUUUGUAAUCGACAUAGAGAGCUCUUUAAAGUGAUAAUAUGUUCGCGAUUGGCCCAUCUCGAAUCCUUAUAGAAACAUGUAAAAUAAGUUGAAUCUUCCACACAAUGGUGACUGAUUGUUAAUAAAAGGCUUUCCUCUAUAGUGUUCUGAUA